AAAAUGUUCCCUUUGUAACACUACAUUGUUUAGCAGGCUUGUGAACACAGGAUUUCAUCAGCCAUGGAUGGCCAGACAAACGUAAAGUCCAUUAUGGCAAAGUUCAGCCCUUCUAACAACCCAGCAGAGGAAGUCCACAACCGACAAGUCAAAGUGGCAGGACAAUCUUCACUGGCGACGAAAGCUGCGUUUGAGAAGUUUUCUCAUUUGGGAAAUGCCGGUCUACCUGCCAGACCCAGCAGCCUUCAAAAGUCUCCAUCUUUUAAACCUCCUUUGGGCAUAAAACCUUCUCUUCAAGACACACAAGACAUCAAGGAACCAAAGCCACCUCCUUUGAAAAGCAGCCCUGCAGCCAACAAGUUUGCAGCACUAGCACAGGCAGCUAGCAGAGAAGUAAAUGAAAGGGCGGGCUUCCCUAAGCCUUUAGGUCCCAAACUCACUGAACUACCAAAAGAGGACUCCAAGCCAGUGUUUCCUAAGGGUAUUGACAACAGGGUGCCUUGCUCAACGUUGCCCUCAAAAAAUGACCUCAAGCCUCCAGGACCAAAGCCGAACUUUAAGUCGGAACUACAAGAAACAGACGCGAAACCCGUGUUCCAAAAGCUAGCAGGGGUUAAAGAAACCUUUAUGGUUGCAUCACAAGAAAAUGACCCCAAACCGCUUUUUCCAAAGGCUGUUCUGAAGCCGAAACUUUCUUUAACUCCUCAUCUUGCUAACAAUGAAGAAACUUCCAACAAAAAUGUUUUUUUGAAUCAGGCAUCUCCAGCCUUCUUAGGCCCCAAACAAAAAACCCAGUCAUUUAAAUUGCCCAGGGACACUGAGGAAAAGAACACCAGUGGUGCCGAAUCCAAUUCCACACCUGUCCGUUUUCCUGUCACUUUGAAAUCUGUCAGCAACCAGAGCAACCUGCCUCAUGGUCUCCCAAAAUCGUAUGGACAGCAGAAUGAAGAAACUAGGCCGAGCAUUGUCAAGAAUGUUUUCAGAAGCAAUCAAGAGGACUCUGGAUUACCUGCUGCCUCUGCUAAAUUUGCGCCUUCCAGACUGGCUACAUCUGGGCCUUUGGCCAAUAACCACAACAAAGAUGAGAAAGAGCAGAAUUUGCCUGGCCCCAAACGAAAGGCAAUACCUCCGCAGUUCAAACUGGGCCCAGCCCCUGCCAAACCUAGCAGGCCUCCAGUGGUGGACCUGGCAAGAUUCCGGAAAGAUAAUAAAGACCGUUCCAACGAAUCCCAUUCAAUGCCUUUACCUUCUCCAAUUCCUCCCUCCGUUUCAGCCACACAGGCUGCACCUCCUCCACCUCCGCCACCUCCAGCUUCCCACCCAUCAACAGCACCAGCUCCAGUUCUCCCUCCAAGGAACAUCAAACCCAGCAGUUCUCGCGAUAUUCAAGCUUUCCCACAGUCCAGUAUCUCUUCCCACCUCAGAAUCUCAGAAAAUGAAGAAAACUAUGAUGAUGUUGACAUUUUUGAAGGUCCUGGAAAUACAGAUGACAGUUUGAACAGUGAUGGGGAGAUGUAUGAAGACAUAACUGAUGUGAGACAUACAUCUAGAGACGAAAGAAAAAAGGAGAAGGGAGGAAAGAAAAAAACUGAUCAAGAGAAGAAAGAACAAAAAGAGAAAGAUAAAAAAGAACAGGAAGUGAGAAAGAAGUUCAAACUCGUGGGUCCCAUUGAAGUCAUCCACCAGGCCAAAGCUUGCACUGAUUUCAAAGGAGGGAAGAAUGAAUUGACUUUCAAACAGGGGGACAGCAUUGAAAUUAUCCGUAUUACAGACAACCCGGAGGGAAAAUGGCUGGGAAGAAUAAGAGGUGCCUAUGGCUACAUUAAAACCACAAUGGUGGAGAUUGACUAUGAUUCUUUGAAAAGGAAGCCACGACCUUCUAUCAGCCUUCAGCCAAAGCAGCCAGAUAGUGACCAAGAAGUAUAUGAUGAUGUUGGGGACCAGGACAGCAUUGGCAGUGGAGGUCAAAGUUUCACAGCAGUGACAUUCCCACCACCUCCUACCUCUGAUGAAAUUUAUGAUGGAGUUGAUGAUGACGAAGGGCCGACAAGGUCUGUGUCGCAGGGUGAAGAUAAGAGUGACUCCUGGUCCCGGGGCCUAUUGAAGAUUAUAACGGGUAAAGAGUACCCAAAGAAAAGUGUACGAGAGUCAACAACUAAAGUCAAUGUGAAAGAAGAUAAUGGAGGUUCCCCCAGCUCUCCUUUAGCUAAACAAACCGGGAAAGAUUCUGGAGAUAGUGAUGUCUAUGAUGAUGUAGAGCCAUCUGAUUUCCCUCCGCCUCCAAAAAUACUCAACCAAGGGAUAAAUACAAAGCCCCUGAGCUUUGGGAAAAACAAAUCAGAGGAGCGAGAUUCACAGAAAGUUAAGAAGAUGGAGAAAGAAGAGAAAGAAUUCCGAAAGAAAUUUAAAUUUGAAGGUGACAUUCGAGUCCUGUACACAACCACCAUCAUGCAAGCACCUACUCCAAAGAAAAAAGCUUCCAAAGACUUACUUGUGAAACCAGGAGACUCCGUUGAGGUUAUAAAAAACGUAGACGAUAGUAAAGUCCUGUGUAGGAAUGAAGAAGGGAAAUAUGGCUACGUCCCGAAAAGCUGCUUAGUGGAUGAUGAUGAAGAAAUUUACGAUGAUAUUGGUGAAGAUUGCAUAUAUGAUAAUGAUUAACUGCAGUUUUCUUCCAACAUGAAUACCAUCUUCUCUGAAUAUCCAGCAGGCUGGUGCCAGGGAGACCCUUUAUUACUCACACUGGUAAAUCCUGUUUCCAAACUACAUGGCAGGUCUCCCAAUGGAGGCAUGAGCUGUGCCCCUGUUUUUCUUGAUUGUGUCCAAGACACUGAACCAUUUCCAUAUCCAGUUGAUACAGAGUAGGAAACUGAUAAAUCAAUGGGGUAAUUAUCGGGUUUUCUUUUUGCAAACUGUUUCUUUUACUAAGGGUGCACUGACAAACAUUUCACAUAUGAAAAAUCAAGGUUUUGGGGUAUUUUUAAUACUCCUGUUGUCAAAUCAGAGGUCUGAGGCAUAAGGCAUGCAAACACAAUCCCGCCCGUUUCACCUCUUUGUAUCUGCUCGUUUAUUCUUCUGUAGUGUGUCCUGGUUUCUGAAGGAGAUGGUAACCAUUUUUUUGUUUUGUAAACUUAAUAUUUGACGAGACAAUGGAUUCAGUUGUACUUUUUAACAGUGAAGGGUAAGCAUUCCUGGGGUCAAUUCACACAAAACAAGUUGGUCUGAUAUUGAUACAAAUUGUGUCUCUGUUAGUUCAUUUCUAUGGGCCUCUUCUGACCGAGCGGCAGAUCUUACCUUGAUCAGGAAACGUCCUCCUCUGAGCAUGAUCCGGAGGCCUGAAGACCUCCUCUCCCCACAUCCAAAACUGCAAACUUCCCACUAUGCUUCCCCCUAACCUAACCAAACAUAACCACUGACAGUGCCAAUGAGAAAAAACUGCUGCCAAGUGCUGUGGGAGCUCAAACCUCAAACCUGGGGCCAGCAGCGGCAGAGCCCCGCUCUGUUCCCCAUCAGAGCCAGGGCCAUGACUGGUUCAACCUACCCUAGAGAGUAGAGGAAGUACAGUUUGCCUUGAGGGAUUCGAUGAGAGCUGCAAAGAUCAACUGACUGGAAGGUCCAGUAAGAUCUAGCCUGGGCCGUUUCCACACAUCUUCUCCCCCUCCCGAAAAAUGGCGCAAAAAUUACAGAACAAUGCGCCUUCAUGGCAUGAUUUCCCGAUAUGACUUUGCUUCAUGGCGCAAUGACAUCAGAAAAUGCACCAUGAAGCAAAUUCAUGAUGGAAAAUUGCACUAUGAAAUUUUGCGCCAUUUUUCUGGAGGGGACGGGAGAGACGUGUGGAAACAGCCCUGGAUAUAUAAAGCUGGACUGUGCCCUUCAGCCUAAGCAAUCGCUAAACUGUUAAGUCUUGAUCUCUGGCUGUUUUCAUUUGUCUGCUCUGGAUCAUGGUCUCAGGCCUAACCUUUACUUCACUUCUGCUUACCCUUGAACUUAAUUUCUACAGAGCUGAUCUUUGACCCAGCCUUGAAAUUGUUUUUGUUGUGCUCUCAGACUAACUUAACACUUCUAGUCUUCCAAAGCCUCUACAUGCCUCAGCAGGCAGCCACCUUGAUUAAACAGCAGCAGUGUUGUAGGCCCCCCAAAACUGCUGGGAAAUGUAGUUUCUAAGCAGGGCCGGUGUCAGCACAUGGUGAAGUGGGGCAGCUGCCAAGGCCUGUGGCUUCUGGUGGGGCUCACUGCUGCUGACCCUCUACUCACGCAUCUCCUCUGAUGCAUGCACUCACGCCCUUCCACUCCCUGCUCGUGAGUGAUGUUUGACUUCUACUUCCAGCUGCACAUGCUGCCUAGCACUGCUGGAGAAGGGCUUGGGAGCGGUGCACACAGCAUCAGCAUUCCUGGUGGCCAUGGCAGUGGCACUUCUAGCUGCACCCAUAACCCUGCACCAGUGGGGAAUGGGCGUGCAGACAGUGUGGGCAGCUGUGAUAGCAGGUGGUGGGCAAAGGAAGGAUGCCACAUACAGGUUAUGUGGGUGGGAAGGCAAGAAGGAGGGCUAGUAGUGGGCAUGGGGGUGCUGAGCACUUUCUGCCCAGGGACCCCAAAACCUGGGACUAGCCCUGUUUCUAGGGAUGGAAGAAUUGUCCCAGGCUUGGCGCAGAUUGGGGGCAGAUUGCCUGCCCCAAUUUGUGGUUCCUCUAACCUUCUUAUCUGAUGAUUCCUGUUGCUGCUGGCGUCUUAGCCCUCUCAGGUUAUAGAGAUCUCCCCAUGUGCCCAGAAUGUGAACAGCAGCAUUCUAGGCUCUGGAGAUGAAGGGCAGAGAGAAGAUAAUAAUGAUACCAACUAGCAUAGUAGCCAGAGGGAAGGGGAGAGUUCAUCUCUGCCUCAGAGGAAAAUCCAAACUAUAGAAGAAUUUAGAGGGCCAUAAUAAGGUAAGCUUUACAAGUUGCUGAGAUUUCUAGCGCAACCCAUGGAAUUACAAACUUCAGUAAUAUUGCUGGUAGUUUCCUAAAAUAUUUGAGGCUUAGGGGGGUGCCCUGGGGAAUCUCUGUUCCUAGAGACCCUGAUGUCUUUGAUGCUGGUCUUGGCACUUGUAAUGCUGCUACUGUCUAAUGCAAGGCAGCAGCAGCAGCCCUUCUGAUUACCACCACUACUGCCAGAUUACAUUUCAGCAGGAAAAGGAAGGGGCAGUUUUAUCAAGGGAAGUUUAAUGCUGGACUUAGAGCUGAGCCAACUACAAACAGAGCCCAAAGUUCAUAGAAGUUUGGGCUCCGAUCAUAAUUAGCAUGAAAGUUUAGAACUGAGAAAGUUCAUAUUGAGUGAUUCUGCACAUGUUGGAUAAUGUACUUCCAAUCCUCUUUAUAGAUCAUUUGGAACGGAUAUUUUCAUGAGCGGAAUAAAAAAUCCACCUCAAACGAUUGAUAAAGUGCAUUGAAAGUACAUUAUCCAACGUGUGCGGAAUCACUCAUUCUGAACUUUCCCAUUCCAAACUCUGGCUGUGUCAUUACUUAUUGUUGAGCAGUUUCAAUUCAAACACAUUCAACAACUUAAAUGGGGUGGCAUUUUGUUUGCAAUAUGUGCAUGUAAGUUUACUAGAUGUACACGUGUUGCAUCUCUGUCUCUUUCAUAGAUUUAACUUAUAGAAAUAGGAAAUGAAACUGGGAAAAUGAGUAGCAUUUUAAAAACCAUUCCCAAUAUUCCGCCAAAGGCAAAAUAAAAAGAUUUUCCAGGAGCAGGUACCAAAUAAAAAUCACCCUCAAUUAGGGUUGCCAGCUCCAAGUUGGAAAAUUCCUGGAGAAACCUGGAGAAAGUGGGGUUUGGGGAGGGAAAGGACCUUGGCAUGGCAUAAUUCCAUAGAGUCCACCCCCAAAGUAGCCAUUUUCUCCAGGUGAAAUGAUCUCUGUGGCCUGGAGACCAGUUGUAAUUCCGGGAAAUCUCCAGCCACUACCUGGAGGCUGGCAACCCUACCCCCGAUACAUAGGAAUAAAUUGGAGACCUCUCUGCUAUGACCCACACACCAUCUCUUUCCCUUUGAUCUAUCUCUUCCUUCCCAGUAAAACUAACAGCAAGCAUUUUGAAGGGAAUUGUUUACUAUUAAAAAUUUCAGAUGUCCUUGGGAAGGUUAGCAUGCGGUUAUCCUGACUGAAGAAACUUUAAAAUAUUAAAACCCAACUUUCCACCUGCCUAUCUCUGUUAUAAGCUUUCAUCAGUGCUAAAGACUGUCCUUGCAUAAAAUCAUUGUGAAUUUUUUUGGUACCGUGCAGGAAAGAUUCCCAUUAAAUUAUUCAACUGAUAAUACCAAGCUAUUUGGGGUGACAAUGAACACUCCAUAAUAUAUUUCAAAUAACAAGGUUUCAAGAAUAAAUGGGCAGGUGCACAUGUGUAUACAACUCUGACAGUUAAUCAACUAUAGCGUGGAUCGACUAUUAAGGAGAGGCUGUAGCAGGGACAGAAUAAAUCCAACUUCCCUUCUCAUCUGUCCAAAUGGCUGAUCAGCACAAUCACUGAUUUAUUUGAGGAGGAGCCAUAGUUCAGUGGAAGAGCAUCUGCUUGGCAUGUAGGAAGUCCCAGGUACAAACCACAGCAUCUCCAGGAUCCGAUAGCAGAUGAUGUGAAGGACCGCUUCCUGAGAUCCUGGAAAGUCACUGGCCAUCAGAGCUGACAAUACUGACCUUGGUGGACUAAUGAUUUGAAUCAGUAUAAAGCAGCUUCCAACCUAUGUAUUUUCAUGCCCAGAUUUCUAUUUGUGCACAUCUGUAGCUGCUGUACCUGAUUUGGAACCACACACUCAGAACCUAUUUGCAGGUAUAAUAUUGCUCUGUCUAAGAGUACAUGUGUAGAAGACCUUAGAAAUUUUGUAGAAAUUAAACAGUUCUAUAAUGGCAAUCAGUUGAUAAAAGCUUCUGUUCAUUGUUUCUUGUCUUCUUAAUUAAACCAUCAUGAAUGUAAUUUAUGUAUUGUAAAACGAGGUUUUUAUUUCAUACACUGUAUUCUGAGAUAUUAGUUCACUGAAACCCUUGACUAAGCUAUACAAAGUACAUUUUUAUUCAACAGAGUUGUCAGGAGAUUAUUUCUGUGUUUUUAUUUUCUGUAGAUUUCUUUCUCAGAUGUGUUGUGAUCCAGAAAACAUUAAAGGUCUUAUGGGUUUUAUCAACUGUA